AUGCCUUCCAGAGUUCCUCUAUUAUUUGGCUCUGCUGUGUUCGGCGAUGAGGGACGGACACCUGUUCGCGUAACCGAUACCAAGGACGCCCAAGUACUCUUAGACCUGUUCUUCAAGAAUAGACAUACGGAAAUUGAUUCCGCUAGGCUUUACGGUGACGGAACAACGGAAGUUAUGCUAGGCAAACUCGACUUGAGAGGUGCCGUCGUCGACACGAAGAUAAAUCCAUCGAAUCCUGGUGAUCAUUCUCCUGAGAAGCUUCGUGCCACAUUGGACAUCUCUAUCAAGGCGCUGCAUCCUCACAAGAUUCGCAUCCUUUACCUCCACGCACCCGACAGAAGUGUUCCAUUCACAGACACUCUGCGCGAGAUCAACGCACUUCACAAAGAAGGCAAAUUUGAAGCCUUUGGGUUAAGCAACUUUCCUGCUUGGGAAGUCGUUGAGGUCAUACACAUAUGUAAGGCCAACGGGUGGCUGGAGCCUACUGUUUACCAAGGACCAUACAAUGCAAUCACUCGUACUAUAGAGCCGGAGCUCAUUCCCUGCGCUCGGAAAUUUGGCCUGAGGCUCAUCGCGUAUAACCCUCUUGCGGGAGGAUUUUUCACAGGCAGAAUUAAUUCGCGUGAAGAUAAACUCGAUGACAAGGAUACCUUUAAUCCGGCAAACGGCUGGUUAGGCCCUAUCUUACGCAAGAGAUAUCUGAAAGAUGGUCAAUUGGAAGCGUUGAAGGUCGUGCAAGCCGCGGCUGAGAAACACAACAUCACCAUUCCUGAAAUUGGACAUCGCUGGCUGCAGCAUCAUUCUCUCCUUUCACCGGGAGAUGGUAUCGUGAUCGGAGGCAGUUCUGUUGCGCACAUUCAACAGAACAUAGAGAAUGCGGCGAAAGGGCCUCUUCCAGAUGAGGUGGUAGAAGCGCUGGAUGUCGCAAACAAGAUUGUUGGGGCAGAUGCACCUCCUUAUUGUCGUUGA